AUGGACCUUCCUGUUAAUACUAAACGUUCGUUUGGUGGUCAAUACGGUUGGGCAAGUCCCUUUGUCAUCGAAGUCAGAAGAGACCUGAAACUUCAACCAGAUGAUUUACCUUCAAAAAAGCCAAACAUGAUUCCGAUGCUUAUUGAAAAAGCUGCUUGCGGUAUUGUUGAAGAAGGAAAACACAUUGGAAAACAACGAGAAGCCGAAAAAUUAGCUAAAAUGCUAAGAGAAAAGAAGAACGCUGGUAUGGAGGAAGUAUGGAAACUUUGUGUUUAUCUUUACACAUUGGAAAGUUUCCUCUACAAAACAUUGAAUGCAGCAAUGAGAUUAGUUGGAGAUAAAGAACGUGAACAAGUAUGGCGAAGUAAAGUUCGUACAUUAGGUCCAUUCUGUUUACUACUCUGGGAUGAUCCAUUUAAUCAAAAAGUGACAAUUAAAAAGACACUUUAUCGAGGAGCCGAACUGACGAAGAAACAGAUUGCUAAAUAUAAAGAUAUGGCCAAAGAUAAAGUGGCAUUUGGGUCAUUUCAAGCCUAUACAUCUUGUAGUCGCAAUCGUGAAAAAGCCGAAGAAUUUGGAAACACAUUAUUCAUUAUGAAAGUGUUGUAUGCCUUUAUUGCUGAUCUCAGUCCAUUAUCUGAGUAUUCUGAAGAAGAAGAAGAACUUAUUACACCAGGUGUUUGCUUUCGGGUUGAAAGCGUUGAAUUUAAUCGCAAGACAAAGAAAUAUUUGAUUCACUUGCUACUUCAACAACGAUUUUCAAGUAAGCAAGAAAAUAUUCUUUCUAAUCACAUUUGUAAUAUAACAAAAGUAUUUCAUAAAAUAUUAUUUUCAUUCGAUAUGCUACAUUAA